CUUGUAUGAAAAAAAUAAUUGCGGACCUUCAAGAUUUGCACUUGAGGACCCCUACUGUAGAGGAUAGAGGAGGACCAUGACGCAGUGGAGGAAGAUGAUCACGUGACCAACGCUUCUGAAAAAUGAUACUUCUUCCCACCUCCUAGCGCUUUAAGGUCAAACCAGGACGAAGACGCGAGUCCAGCUCGCUGCAUGCUAUGUGGUGGUUCACGCAAGGUUCGUGCUUCCUGCCUUUCUUCUUGGUGGUGUGGUCCUCCACCUCUUUUAUCCUGUCCUACCUCAUCGCACUUUUCAGACGCGACGUGGACGUGUUGUUUCCUUACAUCAGCGACGCAGCAGCAAACCCACCAGAGAGUUGCAUAUUCGGAUUGAUGACAUUUGUUUCGGCAUGUGCAGGCAUGGCUACCAUCUAUAGCAGGUUCAAAUUUGUGGAGAAGCUGAGUGAGGAGACCAGAGUGGUGAAUCCGCAGCUCAACAAAACGACGCUGGUGCUGGGAAUUCUCUCCUGCAUUGGCAUGUGCGUGGUGGCCACCUUCCAGGAGACGGCAGUCACGGCGGUUCACGAUGUCGGCGCCUUGCUAUUCUUCGUCAGUGGUGUUUUAUACAUCCUCCUGCAGACGGUUAUUUCCUACCAAGCAUUCCCACAUGAAUCGUCCAUUACAGUGUGUCGGGUGCGACUGGCCGUGACUGUUAUUGCCUCACUGGCCUUCUUCCCUACCGUCAUUUGCGCAUUUUUCGUGAAGCAGACUGACCUCCAUCGAGUUAAGGACAGCAAGGACUAUCCCUUUCACGUGGCCAGCGCCGUUUGUGAGUGGGUUGUGGCCUUCAGUUUUGUCUGCUUCUUCCUCACUUACAUCGACGACUUCAAACGGUUCACCUUGCGGGUGAUGACGGAAUUGGGAUAGGAGAACAGAAAAAUCACUUCCUGUGGCAUUUCACACGCUGCUGAGGCCCUCUUGCACUUUGCUCCGCUCUUGCGACACCACAAUGCCUCUUAAAAUAUUAUGAGAAGUGGAUGCAUUACAAUCUAAAAUUGUGGUCACAUGGUGUUUUUAAAAGUUUUUUUUUUUUUUUUUAAUACCUUUGUACGUGUUGCCAAAGUACCUGCACGUGAAUGACUGAAAGCACUCUCGAACAUUUCAUCUACUUGUUUUGAUAAAUAUACCACUACCAAAAGUGUUUUGUGGUGACAUGCCUCAUUUCACAAUGUAUUUAUCCGAAUUGCUGCAACAGUUACAAUGAAAAGCAUUCAUUGGGCAACAAUAAAGACAUUUUUUAUAUUUUAAAAAAAAACAAGUUUGUGUAAACAUUUCAUUCAGUGUCUAUUGGGGGUAAAGGGCAUUUUGUAAAGGAUUUUGUUAGGCCCCAUCGCUUGGUUUUGAGCAUGUUGGUAUUUGUCGCCCCCUCGUGGCACACAUAAGUUUGGCACC